CUUCCAGGCAGCGGGCAGUGUAUGGCCAUGGAGCUGGGAGCCCCUGAAGGCAGCUACCUGGAGCUCCUCAACAGCCACCUUGACCCCUUGCAGCUCUACCACCUCUAUGACCAGAUGGAUCUGGCUGGAGAAGAAGAGAUUGAGCUCUGCUCAGAGCCUGACACGGACACCAUCAACUGCGACCAGUUCAGCAGGCUGUUAAGGGAGAUGGAAGGAGACGAAGAGACCAGGGAGGCAUAUGCCAAUAUCGCGGAACUGGACCAGUACGUGUUCCAGGACUCCCAGCUGGAGGGCCCAAGCAAAGAUAUUUUCAUAGAGCACAUGGGAUCAGAAGAAGUGGUCAGUGAGAACGUGGAGGCACCACUGGAAACAGGGCAGAAAAGUCAGAAAAGACCUUUCCCAGAGGGGCUGCCUGCGGACCUGAAACACAGGAAGUUAGACAAGCCCCCUGCUGAGCCCACGGUGACCAGCAACUUCCUGGUGGGGCUGGGGAAUAACUCCACCUGGCCCUGCCCGUUGCCUCUUCUGCUCAACCAGGAGACAGCACCUGGACGGACCAGGCUGGAGGAGACUGUCCUGGUGCCUGUGCCCGCCUCCAGGCCCCUGCUCAGCUGCCUGAGUCUCCCUGAUGGAUCCAUCCAGAUCAUCCCCACUCUCCCCAGUCUGCCCCAGGGACUCUGUCACAUCCCAGGGGCUGGCCCAGGGGUCUCCAGUAUACUCAUCUACCAGGGUGAAAUGCCCCAGGCCAGCAAAGUGCCCCCUUCCAGCAGCUUAGCUGUCAGGAGCCUCCCAAAGUCUCCGGACCGGCCUGGCUCCACCAGCCCCUUUGCCCCGUCGGCCACUGACCUACCCAGCAUGCCCGAACCAGCCCUGACCUCCCGCACAAACAGGACAGAAGCAGUGGAGCAGUUCUGCCACUCACUGAGGGACCACUAUCUGGCCAAGCCUGCAGUCCCGGAUGACAUCCUGGUGGAGGUGGAGCUGGUGUGGGCACGGCUGGAGAAGAGCAGCAGUAAAAGCCAGGAGAGGGAGCUGGCCACUCAGGACUGGGCGGAGCGGCAGCUGGUCCACGGGGGUCUGGCGGAGGUGCUGCUGGCUGCUGGCGACCACCGACGGCGGCGUGAGACGCAGGUGAUUGCCGUGCUGGGCAAGGCAGGCCAGGGUAAGAGCUGCUGGGCUCGGGCUGUGAGCCGAGCCUGGGCCUGUGGCCAGCUGCCACAGUACGACUUCGUCUUCAGCGUGCCUUGCCACUGUUUGGACCGUCCAGCGGCCACGUACCGCCUGCAGGACCUGCUCUUCUCCCUGGGCCCACGGCUGCCACCAGCAGACGAGGAGGUCUUCCGUUACAUCUUAAGGCACCCUGACCGCGUUCUGCUUAUUCUGGACUCCUUUGAGGAGCUCGAAGCCCAGGAUGGCUUCCUGCACAGUGUCGGUGGGCCCCUGCCCACAGAACCCUGCUCCCUCCGGGGGCUGCUGGCUGGCCUCUUCCAGCGCAGGCUGCUCCGGGGCUGCACGCUGCUGCUCACGGCCCGGCCCCGGGGCCGACUCGCCCAGAGCCUGGCCAAGGCCGACCGCCUGUUUGAGAUGGCUGGCUUCUCUGCUGAGCAGGCCGAGGCCUACGUAACGCACUACUUUGAGCAUUCCACUGAGCACCAAGACCAGGCCCUGAAGCUCCUCCGAAGCCAGCCAUUCCUCCGAAGCCACAGCCACAGCCCCACCCUGUGUCAGGCCGUGUGCCGGCUCUGCGAGGCCCAGAUGGGACUGGAAGACGGGGCCCAGCUGCCCUCCACGCUCACAGGGCUCUUUGUCGGCCUGCUAAGUCCAGCCGCCCAUGAUGCCCCCACAGGGGCCCUGGUGGGACUAGCCAAACUGGCCUGGGAGCUGGGCCGAGGCCACCGCAGCACCCUGGGGGAGGCCCAGUUGCCGUCGGUGGAGGCCAAGGCCUGGGCCGUGGCCAAAGGCCUGGUGCAAACCUGCUCAGGGGCCCCGGGGCCCGAGCUGGCCUUCUCCAGCUUCCUGCUGCAAUGCUUCCUGGGAGCCCUGUGGCUGGCGCUGAGUAGCGAGAUCAAGGACAAGGAGCUGCCGCAGUAUCUGGCGUUGACUCCACGCAAGAAGCGGCCAUAUGACAACUGGCUGGAGGGUGCACCGCGCUUCCUGGCCGGCCUGAUCUUCCAGCCACUCUCCAGCUGCCUGGGAGCCCUGGUUGGGCCGGCGGCAGCCGCCCCAGUGGACAGGAAGCGGAAAGUGCUCACGCGGUACCUGAAGCGGCUGCAGCCGGGGUCGCUGCGGGCCGGGCGGCUGCUGGAGUUGCUGCACUGCCUCCAGGAGGCAGGGGACACUGAGCUCUGGCAGUACGUCGUGCUCGGGCUCCCAUGCCACCUCUCCUUCCUGGGCACCCGGCUCACGCCCCCUGAUGCCCACGUGCUGGGCAUGGCCUUGGAGGCCGCUGGACGCAACUUCUCCCUGGACCUCCGCAGCACUGGCAUCGACCCCCCUGGACUGGCGAGCCUUGUGGGACUCAGCUGCGUCUCCCUUUUCAGGGCCGCCCUGAGUGAUAUGGUGGGACUGUGGGAGUCCCUGCAGCAGCGUGGGGAAGCCAAGCUACUCCAGGCGGUGGAGGAAAAGUUCACCCUUGAGCCAUUCAAGGUCGAGUCCUUGAAGGACGUGGAAGACCUGGGCAACCUCGUGCGGAUCCAGAGGACAAGAAGUCCUUCAGACGAUGGUGCCAAGGAGCUGCCUGCUGUCCGGGACCUAAAGAAGCUGGAGUUGGCGCUGGGCCCUGUCUCGGGCCCCCAGGCUUUCCCCAAACUGGUGACGAUCCUUGUGGCCUUUUCCUCCCUGCAGCACCUGGACCUGGACUCGCUGAGUGAGAACAAGAUUGGGGACAAAGGGGUUGCCCAGCUCUCGGCCACCUUCCCUCAGCUGAAGGCUCUGGAAACGCUCAACCUGUCCCAGAACAACAUCACUGAUGUGGGUGCCUGCAAGCUUGCCGAGGCCCUGCCCUCACUGGCUGUGUCCCUGCUCAGGCUGAGCCUGUACAAUAACUGCAUCUGCGACGCGGGAGCCAAGAGCCUGGCCCACGUGCUUCCUGACAUGGUGUCCCUCCGGGUGCUGGACGUCCAGUACAACAAGUUCACGGCUGUCGGUGCCCAGCAGCUCACCGCCAGCCUGAAGAAGUGCCCCCACGUGGAAACACUGGCGAUGUGGACGCCCACCAUCCCGUUUGGUGUCCAGGAGCACCUGCAGCAGCUGGACUCACGGAUCAGCCUGCGUUGA